AUGCUACAACUGACAACAACCGAAUCGAUCAAAGCCCGUGUCAGCUUUAGAUUCGAUGCCACAAUCGAUGGUUCUAUCUCUAGUAGCAUUUUCGAACAGUUGAAAACAACGGCUGGAACAGACUCGAGUCAAAAAGAUCUUCAAGUGGAUACAAUAUACGUGAGUGUUUUGAUUGCUGGUUAUGAAAAGUACCAGAGAUCUAAAUUGGUGCGCUGUAAAGUAAAUGCAGACCUAAAGGCAGAAUGGAUAGAACUGCCGUCCAAACUGUUUGGUGUCCCAAAAGAUCAGCCAACGGUAGACGUUUGUGAAAUUUGGCCCUUUACAGAUACAAUUCCAGUACUACAUAAUCUUGUCAUUUCUACACAACCUGCUCUUUACGAUCGACUGUUAGAGCUGGAUGACCCUCGAGACAGACUUCGAUUUGUGAUAUUAAAAGCUGGGAUUGGUGAGGCCUCAGUAAUACACCUUGGAGACGAAUUGCUGGAGCACUGGUGCACCGUCUUGGACUGUGGGCAACACUACCAAGGAAAAAUCGAUCAAGAAAGUACCAAGAUUCUGUUUGUAAAGGGAGAGCGUCUACAAAAUGGUCUUGCUGAACUUCAUUCCGAUAAGACCGCGGAUGUGAAGCUUCUUCAAAGCGAAGUGCUGGAACUACCACUCAAGGCGCUUUCCGCUCCAGCUCAUCCGGAUUUACUGCGACCAAACUGCUCAGAACACGAAGAUGAGUCGCUGUUUGUAUUUGGAGACGCAUCCACGAUGAUGGCGCUUGGUCUUAGUAGCGGCUCCUAUGUUACUUUGAGCCAUAAAACCAAAACUAAAGUUGCAAAGGCAAUGGUUUUUUUGGCACCUCACAACUUUCAGCCAGGUACCAUAUAUGCAGGUCCGCGUGUCAUGGCGCUGUUUAAAAAUGUGGAAAGCAUCAGCCUCGAAAGAUGUGUGUUUUCAGCUAAAGAUAUUCCAGUGGCUUCGUCUGUCGCCUUGACCAGAGUCGGAUCAUGGAACAACUGUCAGAGAAUCUACGAAAAUGUGAUAUCCAAAAACUUGACGAGCUUUCUGACACAGCGACAGCGGAUUCUGAAAGUUGGAGAUCUCCUUCCUAUAACUUUUGAUUCCAAGUUAUCGCCUUUUUACUCAGACAGUUUCAUAGAAAUUGAUUUGACAGGUCAGCCCGACUCUAUGGUUUGGUUUCGGGUUGAAACUGUUGAACUCGAAGAAAAUUCGCUAUAUGCUGGUGAAUGUACAAUUGAUAGUAAGAAAACGACGCUUUUAACACAAAAUUUGAUCUCAGAUCUUCCUCUGUCAUUGUCACAGUGCAAUUACCUGACCUAUUAUGAUCUUCCAUCUGUUUUUGGUUACAACUGCUCGGACUUUGACUACUAUAAACGGUUCAGCGACAUUGUAAAAGUGAGUAGGAAACUCCAAGAUCAAGGGAGAUCGCGUCCAAUUGCGAUUAUUCUUCACUCCAGCACUGGAGGUGUAGGAAAAGGCAGUUUAGUGAGAUCCGCUGCGCAACACCAAGGUCUGCAUCUUAUUGAGCUGGACUGUCUCUCCAUCAAUUCUGCACAAGGCUCUGCUGAGGCCAUGAAGAAAACGAUUGGCUAUAUCAGAGCCAAGCUUGAGCCCCUGCUACCGUUUGUGAAACCUUCCAUGGUGUUUUUGCCUCAUUUAGAUUCACUUGUUCAGAAAGAAGAUGAACAACAAGAUCCCAAUAGUUCAAGGUUAAACAGAUAUUUAGCCCUUGAACUAGCAUCGCUGAUUGAUCAUUGUACAUCUCAAGGUGCAGUAUUCAUUGGUUCCGUACAUGAGAUCAGCGGCCUACCGGAAGCUGUUCUAUCGAAGGCUCAAUUCUGCAUCGAGGUUCCUGUACCUACGGAGGCUCAGAGAGUGCGCAUUUUUCAGUGGUAUUUGGAUGAUUACCAAUUAAACUAUUGCACAGGCGAGCUAACGCGCUUUACGCUGGACAGUAACGUUUCUUUAGCCAAACUAUCACAGCGAUCAGCAGGUCUAUCUCCGUGUGAUAUAAAGUCAGUCGUGCUAGCCGCAAAGUCAUCAGCGUUAGAUUAUGCCAUCUUGAAGAAAGACUGCAGAGAAAAGUAUUGUUUACAGGGCCAUGUUUUGGCUAUUAGUGAAAGCGAGCUUUUAUCUGCGAUUGAAUCGGCGCGAGAGGAGUUUGCCGACUCGAUCGGCGCUCCCAAAAUACCCAACGUCUUAUGGGCCGACAUUGGGGGUAUGAACCUGGUAAAAGGCGAUAUUAUGGAUACCAUAGACUUACCAUUAAGACACCCUGAAAUGUUCAGCUCUGGUUUGAAGAAAAGAAGCGGAAUAUUGUUUUACGGCCCUCCUGGGACGGGAAAAACGUUACUCGCCAAAGCGAUUGCUACCAAUUUUUCACUUAACUUCUUCAGUGUUAAGGGACCAGAGCUGUUGAACAUGUACAUUGGAGAAUCGGAGGCAAAUGUUCGUCGAGUUUUCCAGAAAGCCAGAGAUGCCAAACCUUGUGUUAUAUUUUUUGAUGAACUUGAUUCUGUUGCUCCGAAACGUGGCAAUCAGGGUGAUUCAGGUGGUGUGAUGGACCGUAUAGUCUCUCAGCUACUUGCCGAACUUGACGGUAUGAGUACAGGCGGAGACGGUGUGUUUGUCAUUGGAGCCACAAACAGACCCGAUUUGCUAGAUGAAGCUCUCCUAAGACCCGGAAGGUUCGAUAAACUGCUAUAUCUGGGGAUACCUGACACCAAUGCAAAACAAUUGAAUGUUCUGCUAGCCCUGAGUAGGAAGUUUACGCUGGACAAAGGCGUGGAUUUGGCGCGUGUGGCCGAAAUUUGUCCAUUCAACUAUACAGGCGCCGAUUUUUACGCCCUAUGCUCGGACGCGAUGUUGAAUGCAAUGACGAGAACAUCACGGCUUGUGGAUGAAAAGGUAAGGGCUUAUUGCAAACAAACGCAGAGACAGAUUUCUACACGUUACUGGUUUGACAACGUAGCUGCAGAAGAGGACUCGAAUGUGAUAGUGCAGAUGGACGAUUAUUUGAAGGCACAAGAGAAUCUAGCGCCCAGUGUAUCAACUGAGGAGCUUGCACAUUACCUGAGAGUGAAGUCUAAUUUCGAAGGAUCGGAUCUACGGUCGUAA